AUGAGAGAAUCCAGUGCAAACGCCCUCGGGCCUAAACCGACUAAAGCAUGCGGCAACCUCAACAUCACACUGCUGACUGUCUGCGAGAUGAAAUGCGUGGCUGACGGCAUUCCGCCAUGUCGCCGAUGUCGUCGCACUAAUACCAUCUGCAUCUUCAGACCUAGAUCAAAUGCUGCAGCAGCAGCUCGAGACACAGUGGCAUUACCACAAGCGUCUAUAGAUCCCAGCCGAGAGAUGUCAUCAGUCCUCAGUCGACUAGACCGGAUUGAAAGAAAAUUGAAUAUAUACAAAAGCGACGGAUCAGGGCCAACAAUUUGUCGAGACUUAGACCAUGAAGAAGGAUUUGGGUAUCCUCGCUUAUGGAAAGCUGUCAAGCACCUGAGGAGCAUUACGCGGCCAUCUCAGGAGGAUGCUGUAUGGUCACGUCCUGUCGUCAAGCACCUUUGGACCUCCUUUCUCGACAACCUCCCACUACUCCAUUUUCUCAAAGACCAGAGCGCAUUCGCAUCGCCAUCCCCCCUUCUCCUUGCUUCCAUCCUGUACAUCUCUGCCCUACAUGGCCCAUCUAAAGACUUCGGAGAGUUCGCACAAAGCUACUUCAUUGCUCAAUGCUGUGCUAUCGCUGAGCUCAGUCAGCCCGAUGUCUUCCUCCUAUCCGUGGUACACCCCGACAACACCCAGACCGCAUCCGAUUCCGCCAAAGAAGUCACAGCCUUUCAGGACAUACUCGGCCUCAUCAUGGCUAGCCUGAGCUCCGAAGCGUACGUCUCCGUGACCGGCCAAUGGAUCGCAGUCGCGUAUCGACUCCUCCUCGACCACACUCUCCCCACCACUGAUCCGGGCACAAGUCGAGAUUGGAGCGGUCUCUUCUCUGGUCUCCAGGUGAUCGAUAUCGAGCACGCGUCGAUGCACAUGUGCUAUCCACUACUCCCGGAACACUCUCCGGCUCCGGCUCUCGCGUUCUUCCAAAGCAGCGAUAAUGAUGAGGAGGAACAAGCCCUCCGCGGCCUCACGCAGAUGAUGCACCGGGGACUGAGCCACUUUGUCGGACGAGGGCUCCCGACCAUAUGGUCGUUUGUAAGCGCACAGGAGCCUGAUGGCUCUUUGUCCGUCCGGACACCAUUCACGGACGAAGACGCUCGAGUCAUUCGGUCCUGGGCGAGAAAGCUGGACGACUGGUUAAUCAGAUACAACGGUGCCUCGCAGCCGUCUCCCUCCGACCGCCAAGGCAUCCUCAUUCUCCUCCAAUACCACCUCCACAAGCUCUACGUGCUCUCGAUCUAUCACCCAGCCAGGGGGUUCGAUCUCGGUUCCUCUCCGGAGAUCGCCCCGGCAGAAAGACACGAACUCUUAGUGUCAGCUCGCGCCGUGGUCCGAUUGCGGUUAGAUGACUCGAGCAUCUGGUCAAACUGGGACAUGAUUAUGAUCACUUUCGCGGCCAUGUUACUUCUACGUGGAAUUGAGGACGGGAUGUCCCACCCAGACGACCGCCACCUCAUCGAAAAACACAUCACCAGACUAAAACCCCGCCAUCCGUCCAUCCCAAGCAUCCACCACGUCCUGGCGGAGCGGCUCGAAUCUAAUCUUCAGGCCAUGCACACGCCGCCCGAGAUCGGCAGUAGCCUAAAUUUCCCGUGUCCAGCAGAGGCAGCAGCAGCAGAGCAGGCGGUGACGGCGGCGGCGGACUUCUCCUGGGCGAUUUUCGACCAGGAGAUCCUGUCGCUGGCGAAUCCGCCAUGGCUGUUGGAGGAUAUGCCCGGUGGCAGCUAG